AUGAUGAAUUCUGGACAGCAGACGCCACAAGUGUCAUCCUUGACAUCACAGCCACAAGAGAUGACAAAUGAACCUCAGGAAAUGCAACAAGGGAGGACUAGCCAAUGCCACACGGGAAGACAAGUUAUGACGGUACCUCAACAUGUGCAAAAAAAAUCAUCUCAGUCGCCUCAAGGGCCCAAAGAUCAGCAAACACUGCCACAUCAGGCACCAGAUGUCCCACCAAUGCCACUGCAGAUGUUAAGACCCAUGCCUGCUCCUGAACAGACAAGACAAGUGAUCCAGCAUGUGUUACAGCAAAGGCCACAGGAGGUAUGCACAUCACAGCAAACAUCUCAAAUGUCACAGCAGGAGAAGCAACAAAUGAAAACUGUAUGUCAGAAGAUGCAACAAGCAAAGACCAUGCAACAUCAGAUACUAGUUGCGACAGUGUCAAAAAAAGUACAUGCAUCUACUGGAAGAUCAACACCUGCUCCUGUGAUGGCUGCACCACAACAGGUGCUAGGAGAAACUCCUUUGAGACGGCAUGUGUCAGAAACUCAUCGAAAACAAGGGAUAACUACAUUACAACAAAUGCAAGUGAAGACUCAGCAACAUCAGAAACAACAAGAGAUGACUGAAUUACUGAACAGGGAAGGAUCGACACUUGCUCCUGUGAUGGUUGCACAACAACAGGUGCUAGGACAAACUCCGGUGAGACAGCAUGUAUUAGAAACUAGUAAAACACAAUGGACAGAUACAUUACAGCAAAUGCAAGUGAAGACUCAGCAACAUCAGAAACAACAAGAGAUGAGUGAAUUACUGAACAGGAAAGGAUCGACACCUGCUCCUGUGAUGGUUGCACAACAACAGGUGCUAGGACAAACUCUGGUGAGACAGCAUGUAUUAGAAACUAGUAAAACACAAUGGACAGAUACAUUACAGCAAAUGCAAGUGAAGACUCAGCAACAUCAGAAACAACAAGAGAUGACUGAAUUACUGAACAGGGAAAGAGCAACACCUGCUCCUGUGAUGGCUGCACCACAACAAGUACUAGGAGAAACUCCUGUGAGACAGCAUGUGUCAGAAAGUCAUCGAAAACAAGGGAUAACUACAUUGCAACAAAUGCAAGUGAAGACUCAGCAACAUCAGAAACAACAAGAGAUGACUGAAUUACUGAACAGGGAAGGAUCAACACCUGCUCCUGUGAUGGUUGCACAACAACAGGUGCUAGGACAAACUCCGGUGAGACAGCAUGUAUCAGAAACUAGUAAAACACAAUGGACAGAUACAUUACAGCAAAUGCAAGUGAAGACUCAGCAACAUCAGAAACAACAAGAGAUGACUGAAUUACUGAACAGGGAAAGAGCAACACCUGCUCCUGUGAUGGCUGCACCACAACAAGUACUAGGAGAAACUCCUGUGAGACAGCAUGUGUCAGAUACUCAUCGAAAACAAGGGAUAACUACAUUGCGACAAAUGCACGUGAAGACUCAGCAACAUCAGAAACAACAAGAGAUGACUGAAUUACUGAACAGGGAAAGAUCAACACCUGCUCCUGUGAUGGCUGCACCACAACAAGUACUAGGAGAAACUCCUUUGAGACAGCAUGUGCCAGAAGCUCAUCGAAAACAAGGGAUAACUACAUUGCAGCAAAUGCAAGUGAAGACUCAGCAACAUCAGAAACAACUAGAGAUGACUGAAUUACUGCACAGGGAAAGAUCAACACCUGCUCCUGUGAUAGCUGCACCACGACAGGUGCUAGGAGGAACUCUUUUGAGACAGCAUGUGUUAGAAACUCGUCGAAGACAUGGGACAACUACAUUGCAGCAAAUGCAAGUGAAGACUCAGCAACAUCAGAAACAACAAAAGAUGACUGAAUUACUCCACAGGGAAAGACCAACAGCUGCCCCUGUGAUGGCUGCACCACAACAGUCACUAGGAGAAACUCCUGUGAGACAGCAUGUGUCAGAAACUCAACCAACACAAAGAACAACUACAUUAGAGCAAAUGCAAGAGAAGAUUCAGCAACAUCAGAAAUUCCAAGAAAUGGCUGAAUUACUGCACAGGGAAGGAGUAUCUCCUCUAAAACUAGUGGCAGUUGUGACUUCACUGCCUACACAGCAGAGAGCAUUACAUGUAUUUCUUAUACCAAAGCAUGCAUUACAACCUACGCCUACUCAACAGAAGGCCAAAGUGGAAAUGAAGGCUUCACAGGAAAAACCAAAAAUGACAACUCCAUUGCAACAGAACCCACGAGUUCACCCUACAUCUUCAAAGAUGCACAUACUACAGCGUUUACAUAAAGAGCUCACUGCUUUUCUGCAAGAGGUACAAUUUUCUUCAGUGUUGGAAUUACUGUCACUGGCACCAAUGCUAUUUCCAAAGCCACCAUCCAAAGGAUCAUUUGGUAACAUAGCUUCUGGAAGUGACAACGUAAAAAAAAGAAAUGAUGGUAUUCAGAACCAACUGUAA